CCGCGGCUAUUUCCAUCGGUUGCGGUGCAAGGCCGCGGCCAUUUUGCUUCGUGAGGGGAGAGCGGUCGGUCGGUCGGUUGGUUUAGAAGGACAGGCGGUCGCAAGCAGAGAAUAGCAGCCAUGAAUCAUGGUUCGUGUCCUUUAGAUUGCAAGGUGUAUGUUGGGAAUCUUGGAAAUAAUGGGAACAAGACUGAACUGGAGAGAUCAUUUGGAUAUUAUGGCCCACUUCGCAGUGUGUGGGUUGCCCGAAACCCACCAGGCUUUGCUUUUGUUGAAUUUGAAGAUCCACGUGAUGCUUCAGAUGCUGUCAGAGAGCUCGACGGAAGGAAUCUCUGUGGCUGCCGUGUUCGCGUAGAGCUUUCUAAUGGUGAGAGACGCAUUCGUAAUCGUGGCCCCCCUCCAGCUUGGGCCAGGCGUUCUCGUGAGGAUUAUCGCCGCAGGAGCCCCCCAGUCCGGCGCAGAUCACCACUUCGCCGGAGGAGCUUCAGCAGGAGUCGGAGCAGGUCCCUCUCAAGGGAUCGAAGGAGAGAGAGGUCCCUAUCUAGGGAGAGGAACCAUAAGCCAUCUCGCUCAUUCUCCAGGUCUCGCAGCCGCUCCAGGUCAACUGAUAGGAAGUGAAUCUGAAGCACAGUUGCCUUUGAAGAUCUCUGUACAGAAUGUCGGAGUUGUUAAGAAUGUGAUUUGCAUUUGUUUAAUAGACUCUUAAGACAUGUAGUUAAACAUUUUUUUACCCUGUUUUAGCUGUUCAUUGUUUUUUCUUUUCAUGUAUUCAGUAACCAUAAUGUAACCAGUGAUCAGAUUUUCAUAUGCAGAAUUUCAGACGUGAAUUCAAGGCAGAAUUGAAGUUUUUAUAAAGGUGGGAUUGUAUUGUGGGCAGAUCACUGACUUCUACAGGGGUUACACUUCGUCUCUUGCUGGAAUUGCUAAGCUUGUACAUCUUCAAUUGAGAAUUACAUCCCGUCUCCUCUUCGCCCCAUCCUCCCACAAGCAGGUCUGACCAGCAGUGGUUUUUGUUCAAUUCUUGGUUAUUGUGAGAUAACCAUUCCAAGUCCCGAGGGCAUUUUUAACAUUAUAGCGUACCUGUGCCAUGCUAUCUGUGGGUUGAGUGCUGUGAUUAGUUUUUGUAUGUAUUAGUUUUUCAUGUUUCCUGAAGUGCAGUGUAGUGUAACUGUUUGUAAAUCCUGCACUUGUUACUUUGUGGUAGAGUUCAUUUGUGUAGUGAUUUUUGCGGCAUUAUUUGGAGGAGCAUAGUUAUAGAUUGGGUACAAUGGAAACAAGAUUGUGCUAUUCCAGUGUGUAUUUGGAAGUGUUCCUUGAAUUUCAACAGAAAAUAAGUACAUUAAAAGAUCGUCCUGCAGGCUUUUAAAAUGACUUGUGAUGUGAUAGCUCUUUGAAAGGAUAAAUUUAAUUAAGAAAGUGACAUUUCUUGCUGUUGUAUUAACUUUUCCUGCAUGAAGUUCACAGAUACUGGCUACAGUGUGAGGAGAGAAGAGUUUAGUAUUUCUGGUAUGGGUAAUUUCUGACUUGAUUAAUUGUGAUAUGACCUUGUGUCCAGAGAUUGAAGACUGUUGUUUCCUGUGUCAGAAAUGCUGGUGCUUAAUCCUUCACUCGUCAUUGACUGCAUUGUAAAUAUAUGCGCUGCCCUGAUGUGCAUUUUGGCCACUGGACGUAUUGAAAACUUGGAGCAAUACAUUUUCUCCUUUCUGCACUUGAUCCUGCCAUUAAACUGCACCAUUUGUAUGCUGUUUUGUGACUUUCUUGGAAAUAAACUUUGGUUACAGAAA